GAAACGUCCGUGCGUUGGCCGCCGAUGCACGGGGGGCCUGCCCGCCGUCUCGCUAUCUUAUCACGUAUGGUCUGAGCCGCUUCAAUUGCCCUCUGGUUCCCAUCAUUCCAGACGCAGCGGGCGACAGGGUGCAAGCGAAGACUGGCCACUUUCGCUCGGUGCCCCUUCGAGUGCGUCGCGUGGAGGAAGAGGUCAACUACGAACUUUUUGCGAAGCUACGCCGAGCGUCGUCAGCCAUGUACGACAAGGUCUUGGUCAUCGGGAACGGUGGCCGCGAGCACGCCAUCGUGUGGAAGCUCGCGCAGUCGCCUCGCAUCCAAACCAUCUACGUUGCACCGGGAAACGCCGGCACCAGCACCGAAUCCAAGGCUGUCAACGUCGACAUAGACGUGAAGAGCAAUAAGACGGUCGUCGAUUGGUGCAAAGCGAAUGGCAUCGCCCUCGUAGCCAUCGGCCCGGAGGAGUACCUGUGUCGCGGUCUUGCGGAUGAUCUCGAAGCGGCCGGUGUCAAAUGCUUCGGCCCCAGCGCCAAGGCAGCGGAAAUCGAAGCGAGCAAGGCGUUCUCGAAGGAUUUCAUGGCCAAGCACGGCAUCCCGACAGCGCAGUACCAGAACUUCGAGAAUGCGGAGAGCGCCAAAACCUACAUCCGAAACGCCGACUUCCCGGCUCUCGUCGUCAAGGCAAGUGGUCUGGCCGCCGGCAAAGGGGUCAUUGUCGCUGCUGAUAAGACUGAAGCCAUUGCUGCCAUCGACACUAUCAUGAAGGACAAGGUCCUCGGGUCAGCUGGGGACACCGUCGUAGUCGAGGAGCUGCUCGACGGUGACGAGAUCUCCGUGCUGGUCUUUUCUGAUGGCGUCAACUACUCCGUCAUGCCACCAGCCCAGGACCACAAGAGGCUCAAAGAUGGCGACCAGGGGCCUAACACUGGCGGGAUGGGGGCGUACUGUCCUUGUCCACUCGUUUCCGAUCAAGUCAUGGAGCAGAUCAGAGUCGAGGUCGUGCAAAGAACCCUGGAUGGCAUGCGCAAAGAUGGAAGAAAGUUUGUAGGUGUGCUUUUUGCCGGAAUCAUGCUGACAAAGUCUGGGCCCAAGGUUCUGGAAUUCAACUGUAGAUUUGGAGACCCCGAAACGGAAUCUGUAUUGCCUUUGCUUGAGUCAGACCUCUAUGAGACAAUGCUAGCUUGCACUGAAGGCAACCUUCCACGAGCUCUUCCCGUUUGGAAGAAGAACCUGUAUGCCGUUGGUGUUGUCCUUGCCAGUGGUGGCUACCCUCAAAGCUAUCCGAAAGGCAAGAUCAUCACAGGCCUUGAGAAAGCCAGGGAGCAUGGCGUGCAGAUAUUUCAUGCUGGCACAACAAAGAGUGAGAAUCACAUUGUGACAUCUGGUGGACGUGUAAUGGUCUGCCUUGCUACUCACAGUGACCUCCGAACUGCAAAGCAGCUUGCACAGCUCGGUGCAGAGAUUGUGCACUUCGAAGGAAAGUUCUUCCGGCAUGACAUUGCCUUCAGGGCCAUUGGCCGUGUGUCAAAGAAAGAUCCGCUGACAUACUCAAUGUCUGGAGUGGACAUUGCGGCUGGCGAUCGUCUGGUAAAAAGCAUCACUGCGCUGACCGAUUCGACCAAACGGCCUGGUACAAUGGGAUCGAUCGGUGGAUUUGGAGGACUGUUUGACUUGAAAGCUGCAGGCUAUACAGAUCCUAUUCUUGUCUCAGGCACUGAUGGCGUUGGCACAAAACUUGAAAUUGCUCAGAGCUUUCACUUCCAUGACACAAUUGGUAUUGACCUUGUUGCAAUGUGUGUAAAUGACAUCCUAGCUCAGGGUGCAGAGCCUCUGUUCUUUCUGGAUUACUUUGCCUGUGGUAAGCUGGAUCCUGGAGUUGCCAAGCAAGUGAUUGCUGGAAUCGCUGAAGGUUGCAGGCAGGCCAAGUGCUCAUUGAUUGGUGGUGAAACGGCAGAAAUGCCAGGAAUGUAUGCCAUUGGUGACUAUGAUUUGGCUGGAUUUUCUGUUGGAGCUGUGGAACGAGACAGAGUCCUCCCUAGAAGUGACAUCAAGGAUGGUGAUGUCAUCAUUGGAUUUCCAUCAUCUGGUAUCCAUAGCAAUGGCUACAGCUUGGUGCGCAAAGUGGUGGAGCGUGCAGGCCUUCGUUAUGGUGACCGAGCGCCUUUUGAGGAAUCAAAAAAGCUUGGUGAAGUACUGCUGACACCGACGAAGAUUUACAUCAAGAUGCUGCUCAAUGCUGUGAAGAAAGGAUAUAUCAAAGCCCUUGCUCACAUCACUGGUGGUGGCCUCACUGAAAACAUACCAAGGGUAUUGCCACCUGGCUAUGGUGCAUUUUUGGACUGCAACAACUGGGUAAUUCAGCCAGUGUUCAAGUGGAUUGCCAAUGAAGGCAACAUUGGUGAUGAGGAAAUGCUGAGAACAUUCAACUGUGGCAUUGGUAUGGUUGCCAUUGCAUCUCCGUCAGAUGCUCAAGCCAUCAUUGAUGAGUCUGAAGGACAAGGACGUAUUGUUGGACAGAUCUUGGCCAUUGAAGAGGGCUCUCCAAAGGUUAACGUUCGAAACUUUCAGGAAUCUCUAAACACUCGUGCUGACAAAAUUGUGAAGAAAAAGUUUGGAGUGCUCAUUUCAGGGUCGGGAACAAACCUUCAGGCUCUUAUUGAUCACAUCGAGCACAUGAAUGGGCGAAGUGCAGCUGAAAUUGUCCUUGUCAUCUCAAAUGUGGACGGUGUGGAAGGCCUUCGUAGGGCUCAAAGAGCUGGAAUCCCAACUAAGGUCAUCAGCCACAAGGGUUAUAAAGUGAGGGCUGAGUAUGACAUGAAACUGCAUGAAGCACUAACAGCAGCAGGAGUAGAAUUCAUUAUCUUAGCAGGUUUCAUGAGGAUCAUAACAGCAGAGUUUAUUAACAAGUGGCCUGGCAAGAUCAUCAACAUCCAUCCAUCUUUGCUGCCUUCCUUCAAGGGACAUGAUGCUCACAGGCAAGUUUUGGCUGCUGGGGUGAAGAUUACGGGCUGCACCGUUCACUUUGUGGUGCCUGAAAUUGAUUCUGGUGCAAUAAUUGCACAGGGAGCAACAACUGUGGAAAUAGACGACACUGAGGAAACUUUGCAAGAGCGCGUGAAGAAGGUUGAGCACAGAGUUUUCCCAGAAGCUAUGGAAAUGGUGGCACAAGGCAAGGUUUUCCUUCAACCUGAUGGCAAGAUUGUCUUCACUAGAAAUGACUGAAGUUGUAUGUGCUUCGUGAGUCAAGUACAUGACAUGAAUUAAAU